UAUUUUGUAAAUAGUGCAAAGUGCAAGAUGCCCUAUUCGGAUCCCUUCUCGCCCGAGACAAUGCGGAUCUAUAAACCGGCGAAGCUAAAGGUCUGCACAAAGCAAUCGGAUCUUUUUUACUUAAGCUUUGACCGUAACACAACUCGAUAUUCUCUGCACGUCAAUGAGACGAUUUUGCUGCCUUUCGGAAACGGGAUUAGGUGCAAUUAUAGCGGGAUAAGCCAACGAAAGCUGCUUGCGACGGUUUUCUUUGAGAAGCAACACGAAUUGCCCCAAAAUAUAAAUGGAGUCAUUGCCCAAUGUCAUGUUAAGCUAAACGCUUCAGUUAUCCAAAUCAUUCAACAAGAUGCAUUUCCACUGCAUCAGAUAGCAAAACGCCGAAACGACAGCCCAGUGUCAUAAUUCUCGGUCUGGACAGCAUGUCGCGCAUGAAUUUCGAACGGACAAUGCCCUUGACGGCAAA